GAACGACGUAACGGAGACGAAAGGGCUUGGCUACCUGUGGCAGCCAUGAUUAAAAAUUAGUGAAAAUGGAGCUCGCAGUACCUUGCAUUAUUAACCGAUCUACAAACGCCCCUAACCGCCACAUGUUCCUGAGGGAUGACAUUACGUUACAAAAGUGCUUCUAAGCUACUACUCCUGAAAGCUCUGUGGAAGUGCCCGCCGGCGUGGGUGCGGUGAAAGAGAGGGAGAACGUGUAGGUCCCAGGCUUCCGUAACCAUGGCUGCGAGGGGCGGGGACUGCGAAUGCUGGUCCUGGGCCGGCGGGCCGGCUGGAAGGAAUCGGUCCUCCACUGUCCCAGCCGGCCCCGCGCCUGCAAGUUGCCUCCCGUCCCGCUAGUAGCACGCUGCGUGGCUGCUCGUUGGCUACUUAGGACGGAAGUUCGGUUGGUGUUUCUCCAGAAGUUUCCCCUUUGGGCGGUGGCGGAGGUGGUAACCGCGAUAGUAGCAGCUCUCGCGGCAGCAACAGUGACUACGAGGGAUGGCGGCGGCUGCAGCAGGACCUGCAACAUCCCGGAGAUUUUUCCAGAGCUUCUCGGAUGCUCUAAUCGACGAGGACCCCCAGGCGGCGUUAGAGGAGCUGACUAAGGCUUUGGAACAGAAACCAGAUGAUGCACAGUAUUAUUGUCAAAGAGCUUAUUGCCACAUUCUUCUUGGGAAUUACUGUGUUGCUGUUGCUGAUGCAAAGAAGUCUCUCGAACUCAAUCCAAAUAAUUCCACUGCUAUGUUGAGAAAAGGAAUAUGUGAAUACCAUGAAAAAAACUAUGCUGCUGCUCUAGAAACUUUUAUAGAAGGACAAAAAUUAGAUAGUGCAGAUGCUAAUUUCAGUGUCUGGAUUAAAAGGUGUCAAGAAGCUCAGAAUGGCUCAGAAUCUGAGGUGUGGAUUCAUCAGUCAAAAAUCAAGUAUGACUGGUAUCAAACAGAAUCUCAAGUAGUCAUUACGCUUAUGAUCAAGAAUGUUCAGAAGAAUGACGUAAAUGUGGAAUUUUCAGAAAAACAGUUGUCUGCUUUGGUUAAACUUCCUUCUGGAGAGGAUUACAAUUUGAAACUGGAACUUCUUCAUCCUAUAAUACCAGAACAGAGCACAUUUAAAGUACUUUCAACAAAGAUUGAAAUUAAACUGAAAAAGCCAGAGGCUGUGAGAUGGGAAAAGCUAGAGGGGCAAGGAGAUGUGCCUACGCCAAAACAAUUCAUAGCAGAUGUAAAGAACCUAUAUCCAUCAUCAUCUCCUUAUACAAGAAAUUGGGAUAAAUUGGUUGGUGAGAUAAAAGAAGAAGAAAAGAAUGAAAAGUUGGAGGGAGAUGCAGCCUUAAACAAAUUAUUUCAGCAGAUCUAUUCAGAUGGUUCUGAUGAAGUGAAACGUGCCAUGAACAAAUCCUUUAUGGAGUCUGGUGGUACAGUUUUGAGUACCAACUGGUCUGAUGUAGGUAAAAGGAAAGUUGAAAUCAAUCCUCCUGAUGAUAUGGAAUGGAAAAAGUACUAAAUAAAUUAAUUUACUCUACUGUAUUGUGUAUAAUUCACCUAAUGCCCAUUGUGAAUUGAUAUUGCAUUCUUGAAUUUUGAACACUGAAUAUCUUUUUGAAAGAUUAUACCUCUUUACCUCUUUGUGCUUUAGAAAUUAUUUUCCUUUAAGUGUUCAAGUCUAAUGAAGAAUGAAGAUCACAUUUUAUCACAUCUGUCCUUAAGGAUUUCAGACACAGUGAAACUGAAUGAAGCGUAUCAUUUGCUCCUAGUUAGAUUCAUUCUCUCUAGUUGUGGGGAUAGAGAAAUCUUUAAUGCUAUAUUUUGGGUUAUUGCCUUAUUUUUGAUGUAGUAUUCUGUCAGUAAGUUAUUAGACCUGGCAGCUUUGGGUGAGCAUAGAUUUUUCACCUUCAGUGUUACAAUGUGUUUGCUUUGAAAAACUGCUUUUGAAUGGAGUUGUAAAUACAAUUUUUCUAUGAAGAUGUUUGGUUUAUUUACCUUUUUCUUAAGUUUUUAACGUGAACUUUGAGAAAUUAUCACAGGGAAUUCCCAUUUAGUUCUUUUAAUGGGAAGAAUCUGUGAUUUUAAUUGCAGAGAUAUUUUGGUUCUUACCUUGCAACUUUCUGUAUAAAUCGUAGAUCUAAGUUUAACACAAUGCAAAUUUAAUUAUACCAAGGAUAAUCUGUGAAGGUGGUGCAAAGAAGGUUCUAGGAAAGCCCAAUUCCACUUGCUUCUUUCACCACAGUAGAAUUCCUGAAAUUAUAGCAUUGGUGGGGUUUUUUUGGUAUGUCUUUUCUUUAUUAGAAAAUCUCUGUUGUCAUGUCUCCAUGAUUACUUUGGUUUCAUGGUUUAUGGUAACUACUGUGAGACUAAAUUAAUGUAUAUAUGUUUAGUAUUUACUCAAUGCCUAGAAUAUAUAGAUAUCAUGAGAAUACAGAAAGUAAAAGACAUGAUUGUUAACUGCAAAGAGCUUAUAAACGUAGCAGGGAAAAAAUUAACAUUCAUGAAGGAAGUGUGGAAAGAUUGAAUGCUGAACUCAUUAUAAAUACACUUUUGAGACAGGAAAAUUGUUCUGUGAUUAAAAUUGUUUACAGUCUAAGCUGUUACAAAGUAUAGGCUACAGAUGACCUAUAGAUCUGACUUUAUUUUCUCACCGUAAUUUUCUCAACUGUAAUACCCCAGAGGUUGGUCUCAGCUCUGUUAGGUGUCACUAACAUUUAUAUGGCAAGGCACUACUCUGUACCCUCAGAGCAGGAGUGGGAGGCAAAUGGGCCAUCAUUUCAGCUUCCAAAACAGUAGGAAUUCAGCUCCUUCCUUCCAGUCUUUGUUGUGGAAUGUAGGGGAGUUAAUAAGGAAAGUUCCAGUAGGGUGAUACCAGAUAGUGCCCAAACCUGUUGUUUUAGCUUGUUGAAGCAUUCUGGAGUUUUCACUUGUCCUUCUGCCCAUUUAGAGCUACUAGAUACUUUUUUUGUUCUUGAACACUGAAGGAAAAGACAAAAUUAAGUUUUUGCUUGGAUGGAUUUCUAGUUUUCUCCUUAGGGAAAUAGGAUAGUGACUUCUGUAUUCUGUAUGUUAAAUUUUCUCAGUACCAUUAAUCCUAAGAUGAAGAGGAAGACUAUUGUUUCAGAGGCAUAGUUGAGGACGUACAGCACUACACCAGAGACAAGAAUCCUUAGCUCUAGCAAGUUUUCCAUCAUUGCCAACCUUCAUAAUCUUCAACAGGUUUAGGCCUUUCUUAGUUCCUUUAUAGCUAAUCCAUAGAGUCUUAGAGUUGUAAUUAAAGGGCCAUGAUUUUAAAUAAAGAAGCAUAUUUUUGCCACUUAAUAACUUUUUCUUUCUUAAAAAUGACACUAUUAAAAUAGCUGUUUUUGAACAGGUGCAGUAGCUCAUGCUUGUAAUACCAGCACUUUGGGAGGCCAAGGUAGGCAGAUCACCUGAGGUCAGGAGUUCAAGACCAGCCUGGCCAACAUAGUGAAACCCCGUCUCUACUAAAAAUACAAAAAUUAGCCACACAUAGUGGUGGGCACCUGUAAUCCCACUACAGGCAGGGGGAAUUGCUUGAACCUGGGAGGCAGAGGUUGCAGUGAGCCAAGAUCAUGCCACUGCACUCCAGGCUGGGCAACAGAGUGAGACUCUGUCUCAAAAAAGUAAAUAAAUAAAAUAAAAAUCUAUGACUAUUUUUGGUUGUUUUUAAAGGAUGUAUUAUCUAGAAUAUGCUUACCUAUUGGCUAGAUUUGCUGAGUGUUGUGGGAUUUGGAAUUUUGCUGAUCUAAGGGGAAUUUGUAAAACAUAUGACUGAAAGCAUUAUAAAACACACCUGGUCAAAUGCAUUAGAUUUAUAGGUCAAGGGAAUUUUGAAACGUAGGCUAGCUUGCUGCCCAAGAAUCCCACUCUAAAGUACUGCUUUGUUUAGUCAUUCUAGAUAAUGGAAGGUUGUAAGCCUCUAGAAAGUUAAAACAAGAAACUUUAUUCUGAUUAAGAGCCCCUUAACUCUAUCCUUAUCCUCUGCUAUCUCAAUGUAGCCAUUAAUUGUUUCAUCUUUGUUUCUAGACCCAAUUUUCAUUUCUCAAAUUUUGGUUUUCUUAGGACUCUAAUUAGCCUUCUGUUACUUCAGAAUGUGUAUUUUUUUUUCCUCUUAGUGUUUCCUUUCCGUUUUAAGAUUCAUCUUGGAAUAUGUGUCUGUCUUGGUCUUGGGGACUUCAUCUCUUCUGAUUUCCAUAAUAAUAAUUUGCACCAUGAUGACUUUCCAGAAUUACCCCACUGUCUUCAAAGAAUCUUGAACAGAAUAAUCUGCUUCUUUGAACUCUGUAAUCUCUUUAGAUUAUCUAUACCACAAGUUUGGAACAUCAAGGUCAAUUUUGAUAAUUUCCUAUCUUACAUCUAAAUACCUAUUCAGAGUUGAUUGCCAACUUUCAAACUGAGUCUUUAGCACUUCACUUGACACUUUUUCUCUUUAUAGGGAAUCAAAUGAAAUAGAAUGGAGAAGGGGAUGCUUUGCCUUAGUAACUCUAGUUUUUAAAAACAUAUUCAUUCCUUUUUUAAAAAAAUUUUUUUAGAGACCCAGUCUUACUCUGUCACCCAGGCUGGACUGCAGUGGUGCAAUCAUGGCUCACCAUAGGUUCCAACUCCUACAGGAUUACUUACUGGGCUCAAGUAAUCCUAUUGGCUCAGCUUCCCAAAUUGCUGGGAUUAUAGGUGUAAGCCAUUGUGCCUGGCCCACAUUUUCAUUACAGUAGCCUUCACCUUUCAGGCUCAAAUGAUUUCUCCCAUCUCAGCCUCCUACAUAGCUGGGACUAUAGGCAUACACCACCAUACCAGGUUAAUUUUUGUUUUGUUUUGUAGAAAUGGGAUUUCACCAUGUGCCCGAAUGGUUUUGAACUCCUGGGCUCAAGUUAACCUGCCUGCCUUAGCAUCCCAAAGUGCUGGGAUUACAGGAGUGAGCCACCACACCCAACCAUGAACUUCAAGUAAAUAUUUAAAAUAGAGCUAUACCACUGUGGUAUUAUGAAUAAUUUAGAUAGAAAUUUUAAUUUAGUUCAGUACUUAAAUAUUUUUUGGCUAUUCUUUCCCACUUUUCCUACAUAUUAAUUUACUGAUCUCUGAGAUAUAUCACUGACCCAGAGCAAAAUUGCAAAUUACCAUCUAAUCAGUCUAAUGCCAAUUAGAUUUCUUUGGAAUCUUUCCUGUUCAUAUUGGUGUGCAUCUCUCUGAAUUUGUAGCUUUACUGACAUUUCCAAAAAUAGGUAGAAGGUUUCUAGGUGGUAUGUUUGUUUUUGUUAGUUACUAGAGCCACUUACCCUUUGUAACUUGCUGUAAGGAAGUACAUCUUGAGGUAGACAAAAGCUAAAAGGACAAAAUGCUGAUUUCUGUGCAGGGAAGGGUCAUAUGUAGUUUUAAAUAAAAGAGAUCAUCUCUUUUGGUCUGGUUUCCCCUUUCUCCGUCUGUGCAUUUUUAAAAUUGUAAGAUCAUUUUACACGUACCAAGAGGUUUUAUUUUGGAAACUUGUGGGGAAGAUAAUGAUUUACCUACAAAUGUUACUAUUUGGAGCCAUCCCUGUGAUUUGUUUCUGAGAUUAAUUUAUCUCUUAGCCUCACUUCCUACCUUAGUAAAUUUGUCCCUCCAAAUCAGCUAAAAUCAUAUACAGUGCUAACCCAUUACUGCAAAUAGUGGUAGUUACUGUGUACUAGUGUUUCUUAUGGACUGGGUGUCACUGUCUCAUUUUUAAUAGCCCCUCAAUAGCAUCCCAUUAUUGCAAAUCAGAAAGAUGGGGUCAAAGUGAAAUUCUUUGCCCAAGUCACUCUACUAGUAAGUAAUUGAGCUGGGAUGUAACCCAGGCCUGUCAGACUCCAUUACCCAUGCUUUUGGCAACUGCAACCCUGUGAUCAGGUCAGUAAGCUAAGUGUGGAAUAAAUGAUUUUUAUUACCAAAUCAGCUGACUGGAAAUGAAGCAGAGAAUAUGCAAGUUAAAUAACUAACUCUUUUUUUUUGUUUGUUUGUUUGAGGCAGAGUCUCACUCUGUUAACCAGGCUGUAGUGCAGUGGCAUGAUCUUAGCUCACUGUAACCUCUGCCUCCUGGGUUCAAGCGAUUCUUCUGCCUCAGCCUCCUGAGUAGCUGAGAUUACAGGUGAGUGCCACCAUGCCUGGCUAAUUUUUGUAUUUUUAGUAGAGACGGGGUUUCACCAUGUUGGUCAGGCUGGUCUCAAAUUCCUGACCUUGUGAUCCACCUGCCUCAGCUUCCCAAAGUGCUGGGAUUACAAGCGUGAGCAACUGCGCCUGUCCAAGAACUAAUUCUUAUAUAUGAGCUGGGAAGAUACAUUCCUAGAGAUCCUCACUUUCUUAAGAAGGAAAGCUUAUAAGGAAUCCAAAUCUCUUGCCUCAUACAGAAAGUAAUUCAAAGAAGUCUGAUUUUUGAGAGAGUGCUGUUUUUCUCAAAUCAGAUCGUUACAGAGAAACAGUAUACUUCUAACAACUAUUGCAGGUGUAAGAAGACUGGCACAUGAUGCCAAUGAAAUUCUUUUUUUCCUUUAGUUUGGGAGCUCUCAUACCAGUUCCAUUGUACAAAUGCUGAGAUUGUUUCAAGAUUUUAUUCCUAGAGACAUGUUAGGAUUUGUGUAUCACUGAUUUCUCCAUAAAAUUUGAAUGAUUCAGGUUACUUCCUUUUUUCUAACCAUGUUAGCGUUAUAUAUAUAUACACAUUUAUUUAUUUAUUUUUUUAAUAUUGGCUUGUCUGGAGUCUUUUAAAUGCAUGCCGUGCCUUCACAUUUGGAUUUUUUUCUUAUUUUUUCAUCAAGACUUCUACCUAUAUCACUGGCUUUAUUUUUUCCUAUAAUUAAAGAAUUCACUUAUACAAAAAGAUGUUUCAAAAACACUACUAUUUACCUACAGGUGAUUUUUAGUUUAUUAGAAGGAGUUAAGAAAACAGUCCUUAAUGCCUAUAUACAGUUUUUUAAAAAAACCAUAUGUUAGCAUGGGGAGAAAUGCCAGAUGUGGGUGAAAGGGAGGAAGGCAGCAAAUCACACUGCCACGUGUAUACCUAUGCAACUAUCUUGCAUGUUCUGCACAUGUACCCCAAAACCUAAAAUGCAAUAAAAAAAUAAAAAUAAAUUUAAAAAACCAUAUGCUACAGUGCAUCCACCAAAGCUCUAAAUAAUAAACAAUUGCACAUGCUGUUAAUACAUAUUUGAUCCUUUUGUUAAGUACAUGAAAAGACAGUAUGCUUAGAGGUUAGAUGCAUGGACUCUGAAGCCAUCCUGUUUGGGAUCAUCCUGGCUACAUUGCUUACUAGGUAUGUGACAAUGCAUAGGUACUUAAUGUCUCUGCACCUCAGUUUUGCGUCUAUAUAAAGGAGAUGAUACAAAGAAUCCACCUCGUGCCUCAUGCUCACUUAUGAGUUGAAUGAAUUUAUAUAACUCUACAAUUACUUCUUAAUCCAAAAGGCUCAAAAUAUUUUGUUUUUUGUCCAUCUGUAUGACAAGUGGCAUAAAACCCGACAUGAAUUUAUGAUAUGAAUAGUCACAUUUUGCUGCAGAAAUAUUAGUAUGUUUAAUUAUAGAAUGCUAGCACUGAUCCUGCCUAAAUUGUUACAGAAUACAGCAGUUGCCCGUUAUCUGUGGCAGUUACAUUCUAAGACCCCCAAAACCUAAAUAAUAAACAAUUAUUAUUUAUUUUUUUAUAAAUAAUACUGAAUACUGUAUAUAGUACGUUUUUUCCUAUACAUAUAUGCCUAUGAUAAAGUUUAUAAAUUAGGUACAGUUAAGAUAUUAAUCAUAAAAGAAUAAUACAAUAUACUGUAGUGAAAUUUAUGUGAAAAUUUGGACAACAGUUGACUAUGGGUCACUGAAAUUGUGGAAAGCAAAACUAUGGGUAAAGGAGAACUAUAAAUGGUCUAUAUUGCAUUAUCUUCUAAAAUCCAAAAUUCUGAAUUCAUAAACAUAUUUGGUCUGAGGGUUUUAGAAUUAUGUAUCCAUGUGUGUGAAGUGCAGAGAGCAGUGCUUCAUGUUACAGAUAAUGUCAGAUGAUCUCAGGCUGGAAGGUGUAAAUCCUAGAGAAGCUUUUUUGUAUUUUAAGUUCAGUCUUCAAGAUUUGGAAUUCUCUCAAAGGAAAAGUAUAUCAGCUAGUUAACAAUUGUUAGUGUAAUUUAUAAAAUCUGUACUUUGGAGAGCAUAAGAGUUUAUGAAAAGUUUUUAAUUUUAAUAAUUUUAUGUAAUUAUUUUUGGCAGCACUUUAUAAAGUGGCAGAAAAUAUAAACUAUAUGUAGAAUGUUAAGGGACUUCCUUCAGAAGUUCUCUGAUUUUCAUUUUAAUUUCAAAGCUCAAAACAGAAGGUAAAAGACUAUUAGGAUUUGUUAAAAAAAAAUAGAGGGUAUAAAAUCACGUUGUUUAUAAACCACAAAUUGUCUUGUUAUUUCCAUCAGUGAAAAGAAGCUGAUAGAUGUUUUUAUAAGAGUCAGUUCAUCAGUCUCAUUCUUCUUGCCCCAAAUGGAUCAGUGUGGAACAGAUAUAACUGUAUGGAUAUUAAUAUGGGCUCAUACUCAGCUGGGAGUUCUCCCCACAACUACCACUUUUUACUGAUUAUCUGUUCUCUAAACUUUUCCUGUGGCUUGAAUUGACUAAAAGUGAACACAUUCAUAAGUAAUGAGCUUAGGCUAAGGAUAUAUAUCCAGUGGGCGUGAAACAUGCUUAAGAAAUUGAAUGCAUUUCCUUGACUUUAUUAUCAUUAUUUUGCUAUUGCAGAACAGUUGACUUAAAAAAUAUUACACUUUACCACAGAGACAGCUGUUUUGUAAUGGAAGUAGUAACUUACAAAUCCAGACUCUUACACUCCCAGUUCUGAUACUUUCAUAAUUGUGUUUUGAAGGCAAGUGACUUAUCUCAACUUUUUUCUUAUUUAUAACACUGGAUGAUAAUUAACCCUCAGGAUUGUGAGGAUUUAACAACUUAAGUCCUAACUCAAAUUAUGUGAUCAAUAAAUGCUGCUUAAAUAUAAAGUCCUUGAUUUAUUUUUCCACCUCAGUCCUGUUGAGUGUUGGAAUUCUUUAAAGGAGAGUGAGUCUGCCAUUUACCUGCUAUUCAAGAAUUUUCAGAAUUCAACCCCAGCCAAAAUUUUCAGCCUCAUCUCUUGUCACUGCUUUGCUGUGUACUAAAGCUCCCAGCCACACAAGAAUCUUCUAGGCAUAGUCAGACUUUUUCUGUAAAGGGCACUUAGAAUUUCUGUUGCAUAUUCUUUGUUUUUAGUGUUCAGAUCUCUGCUGUAUCUGAAUAUGUCAUGUGUUUUCAUUCCUCCUUCUGCCCCUCCUGGGCAUCUCCAGUUUCCUACUAAUGUGUCAAAACUGAGUUUGUAUACUACCUCCAGGAAAGCUGUCUCAUCUUUUGCUGCUCUGUUACUGACAUUUGUGGCAUUGGAUUGGGUUAUUUGCUUAUGGCUGAAACAUCAUUGGAUCCUUUGAUGGAGUCAUACCAAAACCGCAGUGGGUCAUGAGCAUGCUUGAGAGUGCUGAUCUAUUCCUUGUUUGUCAGAUUAGUACAUUACAGUUGAUUCAUUUCUUCCCCCAUGUGACUGAGCUUCUUGGGAGGUGGGGACUGGCUUCCAUCUUUGUAUGUGUAACACCUGGUACCUAUAGACUAGGCUCUCGAAAUUGGAUGGAUUUGCUCAUGGUCUUCCCACUACACAGAUGCCCUUAUUUUCUUACAUUCAUUCUGUGAGACCUCAAUUAGAAUAUCAGUACUCUUAUGAGAUUCCCUGCACCAUGCCCUCUACUGAAAUGCAUUGCAACUCUAGUUGUGAUGUGGAGGCACCUUGUUUAUGCCUCUGUUAUGACACCUCUAGUGGUGUCACAUGUUUUAGGGUUAAUUGCAGCUGUGUUUGUUUUACCUUGUGUGUUUUGGUCAGUUAGUGUUACUUAAGCUUUGGAUCUUUGAUACAUAGCACUGUGCCUUUCACGUGGUAUGUACUCAGAUACUGGAAGUUACUUCAUCCUAAACUAUAGUUUUUUAAAUUGGGGUUUUUAAAAAGUAUCAAGCCCUUAAAGUUUAUCAUUCAUUUGUCAAUGUAAAUAGAAUAGCAAUUUGUUUUCCAAAAGAUGGGGUUUUGCUAUGUUGCUCCGGCUGGAGUGCAGUGGCUGUUCACAGGUGUGAUAAUUGUGCAUCAUAGCCUCAAAGCCCAGGGCUCAAGUGAUCUUCUUGCCUCUGCCUCCUAAGUAGCUGAGACUAUAGGCAUGCACCAGUGUUUCUGACAGGAUUGUAAUUUUUAAGUGUGUUUUUAAGCCACAGCCAUGAGAGCAAAUUUUACCUACAUUUUUAGAGGUAGUAACAGUUAUGUAACUAAUAAAAACCAGUGGGAUUUUGUCCAAAUACUUCUUGUUUUGCUACUUAAUUUUGAGAUACUGUGGAGGGGCAUCCUGGUUUUUAUUUCCUUAUUUAUUUAUUUAUUUUGAGAUAAGGUCUUCCUCUUUGCCCAGGCUGGAAUGUAGUGGCACAGUCACAGCUCACUGCAGCCUCCAUCUCCUGGGCUCAAGCAAUCCUCCCACCUUGGCCUCUCAAAGAGUUUUAGGUAUCAGCCACUGUGCCCAGCAGUUUUUGUUUGUUUGUUUUGAAUUGAAUGCACUGAAGUUUAGUUUCUAACUAUGUUGGCCCUCCUUUCAUAAAAAAUCUUGAGCCCAAGUGUCUUGGGUAGAGUACAGGGGAAGCCACAUCUUAAAAGACAGGCAUGGAAUUAGGCUUGAACAUAUGGAGCAAUCGGUAAACCAACAGUGAGUCAAUUUAUAAGCAGACCAGUCUUUGGAGACAAAAGUUUGAAUUGCUUACCAGUCCAUUUUGUUUUCUGGAAUCCCCAAAGAAAUUUUGAGAUACUGGAUAGUAGAAAACCCUCUUUGAUGAGGGUUAUAUACUUUAUUUUUAAACAGUAUUAACACCCUUGAGGCCCUUGAAGUCUUUGCUGUCAAAAGGUAUAUACUUUUCCUUUGAGUGAACUUUUACUUUAAGGUAUGUAAUAGAAUGAUAUAGGUAACUGAAAAAGAACUUGGUUCAUGACAUCCACUCAUUCAUUUAUUCACUCAGCAAAUACUCAUUGAUUGCCAAAUGUGUGUCAGACACUGAACUAGGGAAUAGGUAAACAAAGUUCCCUCUCUCCAUGGAGCUUAGCUUGUGGUGGGGGGAAGAAGCAAAAUUUAUGUUAAAUGAUGUUAACAGAAGAGUGUACAGUAGGCAGUUAAAAUUUGAUACAGGUGAUCAACUGACUAAGCAAGUGAUAUUUGAAUACAGACUUGAAGGAAGUGAAGGAGUAAGCAGUGCAGUUUCUAGAGAAAGCUCACCAAGCCACAGGAAUGCCACAUGUGAAGACCCCAAUGCAGGAAUGUUCCUGAUGUGUUUGUGGCAAGCUGAGGAGGCUGUGUAGCUUGAGCACUGUGAGCAUGGAGUGGAGUUAAUUGAUUAAGUGAAAGGGGAAAGGGGAGGACAGAGGUCAUGUAGGGCCUUGCAGGUAAUAAGAGUAAGGUGGUGGCUUGGGCCAGGGUUUGUCCCAGCUUAAUUUGAAAUCCUGUUCUCUGUUUUCAAAAUGUUACCAGUUGUCAUUUAAUUUUUUUUAAAUUUUAAUAGCUAUGUACAUAUAAAGAAAUAGUACUAAAGGGUUUACAAUAAAAAGCGUUAGUCUUCUGCUCUCCCCUCCACCCCAAUCCUCAGGCAACUGUGGAAAAUUUUUUUUAGCAACCAUUCUCCCAACCCCCAAAAUCUCAAUCUCUGCAGUAAUCUGGGUAUACUUUCCCUCACCAUUCUGUUUCUGCUUUCAUUUUGCUGAAGCUUAUCCUCCAGUAGCUUUCAAAGUAAGCAUCUAGGUGGAUUGGCAGGGGCAGGUUGUGUAUACCUGAUCUCUUACGGGAGUGAAAUUGUCUUUAUCUUAUCUUUAUACUUGAGCAUACAUUGAGUGAUAGUUUGGUUGGCUGUACAAAUUGACGUUGAAAAGAAUGUUUCCUCAGCAUUUUGAAGGCAUUUUACCAUUUUGUUUUCUGGAAUCCCCAAAGCCCAGUUUUGCCCUUAGGGAGUCCAAUACCAACUCUUGCAUGCUUUUUGUCCUUGAGGGGUAAUGUUUGUUUUUAUUUCUUCACUGUCAUUUUAUUGCACUUAGGAAAUAGGGGGAAAAAUAUGUGAAAUUGACACUUUAAAUUAGAAGGUACAUCAUUUUUUAAAAGUGUAGCUGUAUCAGUACACGUUUUCUUUUUUUUUUCAGUCACUGGAAUUACUAUAAAUGUGAGCACUUGAUUUUAGAAAGGAGACAAAUUUAUACAUCUAACAAGGAUUGCAGUGCUGUUUUAUUCUGAAUACCUUGAUGGUAUUGAUGUGAAUUUGAGUUACGAUAUAUGACUUAAUGAGCAUAUUGGAAACCUUCAGUCUGAAUACUUAACUUAUUUCUGCCCUUUUCUUCCUUAACACAUUAAAGUAUAUAGGUAAUAGCAAAUGUUUGUUUAAUCUUGGUUUAGCCAAACUAUUUCUUGUUCUGGCAUAUAAAUACAAUUACAGCAGAAUAAGUACCAAGGCAAGAUUGAAGAAUGACCGGCUGUGAGCAGGGACUUAGGAAUACGCAUAGCAUAGGAUUUUAUUUUAGAGUUGUUAAAGUCAGAUCAACAGAUCAUGUUUUUAUGGGCCAUCUGCCAAGACUAGAGGUAACUUUGGAACUUCUUAUUCUCUGGAAUGCAAACAUAUUUGCAUUCCAUCCCCUGUCAAUAUGAGGAGACAAAAAUUAAGUCAGGAUUUUAGGGCUGGAAUGGAUCUUAAAUAAUAUGAAGUCCAAAUCUUUGGUUUUAUAAAUACACUUUUUCCAGAGUGCCGUCAUCUCAUAUACUCUUUUCUUCAUAACAGGUUUUUAGUGUAACUCACUUAGAUAAUUGGUAUAGACUCUCUCUUAAAAUCUAUUUAUCCUAGUUUUUUUUUUUUUUUUUUGAGGCAGGAUCUUGCUCUGUUGUCCAGGCACACAGCUCAGUUAUAGCUCACUGUAAUCUCCAACUCUUGGAAUCAAGUGAUGCUCCUGCCUCAGCCUCCCAAGUAGCUGGGACUACACUACUAGUACACUAAGCUAAUUUAAAAUAUAUAUAUAUAUAUAUAUAUAUAUAUAUAUAUAUAUAUAUAUAUAUUUUUUUUUUUUUUUUUUUACUUUUUUUGUAGAGACAGGGUCUUGCUCUGUUGCCCAGGCUGCUCUCUUAACUCCUGACCUCAAGUAAUCCUCUUGCCUUUCGCUUCCCAAAGUGCUGGGAUUGCAGACAUGAGCCACUAUGCUUAGCUGAUUUACCCUAAUCCUCUGCUGACCUUCAGACAGCUAAAAUUAAUAUUGGGCAGAUACUUUGUAUAAUAUAUAGGGUAAUCAUUUUUAAGCUUAUUGGUGAGUAACCCUCACCUGGGAAGCUUGUUUUUAAAAAUGUAGACCUUCAUUACUCCAGAGAUUUUGAAUUCGUACCUUUGGUAGAGGAUCCAGUAAAUCUUUGUUUUUAAGGAACUGAUGGUUUUGAAGCAGGUGACCUGGAGGACUGCAUGUAGAAUACAGUGAUGUCAACGAGUAAAGAAAACGGAAGUGAGAUUAGCACUAAUCACCUCUAAUGCCUUAUUUCCAAUAAAGUUUAAAGAAGAGGAAAAGCUACUUGGGAGCUUGCUCCUUUGAAGGUUUUGUUUCUCUCUCAACGUAGAAAUUAAAAGGUAGAUGAGAGAUGCUAGCCGAUCCUUUUUUUCUUCUUUGAUUAGAACCUUGGGGGUCAUUAUGAUUAAGUUAUUGAAUCCAUGUCACUGUGUGACAGCACAUGAUGAAAGAAAAUCAAAUGUUUGUUUCAAUCAAAGUGAAGCAAAAUGAAAAUAUUUGGGCUAGACACUAUUUUGUCGCUGCUAAAAUAUUACUAGAACUGAGCAGAGAAAUAGAGCCAUGGCAUAUACUAAUUAAUAAUGAGAUACUAUUUAGCAACUGGAUUGUUCUCAGAUGAUGCCUGUUUAAUUACACAUAGGUGCUAAGUGAAUGUUAAAAAUUAUGGUGCUGGUUGAAUAGGCAGAGUAGUUUGUGGUAGGGCACAUCCCAUGGAGAUAUUUUUUACUACUUAAUUUUUUAGAGUUAACUCAGUAACAACAGGCAGGAAUAGAGUUUUAAUUGAAACGAAACCACUUGCCUUUAACAGCAUUAGUCCUCCUAAGAAAAAGUUUUUGCUCUAGUUUAUGAUAGGUCUUCGACUUAGCAUACAGCAAAUUUAGUAUAAAAGAUGGCUAAUUAGGCUGAUGAAAUAUAGACAACUGAAAAUAAAAUUCUUAGCAAUUAAAUAAUUUGUACCUUAGAAGGAACCCGGAAGGACAGGAAGCCAUAGAGAUCCUGCUUUUUAAAAAAAGUGAUUUCAAGUAAGUUUGCAAAUACAAUGCUAGUAAAAAGUAUAUAGAGGUAUUUCUUUCAAACUAUCUUGUUACUAUUAGAAUUUUUGUAGUCAUGUGCAGAAGAGAGAAAAGGGGUUGGAUUUUCUAUGGUUCUGAUUGAGUUUUAAGAAUUUGGUGUGAAGAGAAUUUUUGCAAAGGAGCAGGCACAAAGGUGAGAAGAGGAAUACAAAACACAACAUCUGUAAAUUACUAAGAGGGAAUUUAAAGUGGGGUGUAUCUCUUAAAACAGAUGGUUUUGAAUAAUUUGGUGUUUUCAACCAAUGACUUAAUAUAACUUAGUGGGUAUACUAUUUCCAGUCCCAUUACUGAUUUUUAUCCCUUUGUGAUAACAUACACCCUAAUAAAGACUGACUCCUAUAUAAUUGAUUUUAAAACUAUUAAGAUGUAAAAAAAGGUUCACUAAGCCAAACACCUUAGAAAAUAGCUUCAGCUAUUUGCUAUGUUUAGAUUAUAUAUGCAUAAAAGUAUUUAUGUAUAGAUGUACUUACUUACACAGUAAGUACCUAAAAAUUGUAAAUUGAAUACUUUUGAAUGUAGGCAGUUGAAGUAAAACCUGUGGUGAGUUCUUCAGUCAGUCAACACAAACCUGUUUUGUACAUUUAAUGCUAGAAUUAUAUUGGACUUUCUCAAAAUGAAGCACACCUAUAUAUGCAUAUAGUAUAUGAGCAUGCAUAUAUGUACAAAAGCCCUUAAGAAGGACUUCAGCUUUCUUUUAUAAACACCAAAACACUCUCUGCCUGUAAAAUGUUUUUGCUGCAAUUUGUAUCAUUAACUCUCAAAUUUACAUCUUCAUGUUUGAGAUAUACUUUUAGGACUGUCUAUGCAUGUAGACUUUUGUCAACUCCCUCCGACUCCCUCAAUAAAUCAACUUCAAAAAUAUAUUGUGACCAUUUUUAUAAAAUACAUGUUCAUAAAACAAAUCAGCAUAUUUAGCUUAUCCAGAAAUAAGUCAAUCCACCCAAAGAAUUUCUAUUUUGUAAAAAUGUAGCUUGUAUUUCAGUAUAAUAAAAUCUGAUAUAAGAAA